AUGUCGCGUGAGGUGCCAGAGUUCAGCAACCAUGAGGAGAAGUUGGUCAGCUCUGACUCUCAUAAGGCGCAGGUGGCCUGGGGGAGCUGGACGAUAUUGCUCUACCAGUCCAUUUUGCUGAAAGUUUGGCCCUGGAAGGCUUCAGUCCUCAACUUUGCGGAUACCGCUUGCAGCGUUUGCUUGCUCCUUUUGAUCAACCACUCGGUGCUUUUUGUGACUUCACCUGAGACAAAGAGGGUUUCUGAGGAGUUUUCUGAGGAGUUCUCAGCAGUGAUGCUUGCCCGCAUUGUGAAUGCGCGCGUGAUCACCGCGCUGCUCGCGGCCUUGCUGGCGUCCAUGGGUCUUUGGUGCCUCUUGGCGCUCCUGCUGUCGCACCUGAACGCCCGCGGUGCCCGGACAGGCACCGCGCACGGAGCGAACCCGUGCAGCUGGGAGCGCUUGGGGCGUGGAGGUCAGUGUUUACUCAACUUUGGCACCGGACCCGAGACCGCCAUGGUUUCCCAAGCCUUGCGCCUUGGUUCCACAGCAGGCCUAAGCACUGAGCUCGCUGAGGAGGGAUCCAAAGAACUCUUGGAGAUUGAAGCUUUGCAACUUGAAGAGAGCCUCAUGGAGUUGAACACUUGUCAGCCAGCCAUAGAUGAAAGGGAGCACGGAGCCGUCGGGGAGCAUGAAGCAGCGGUGCUGCAGGAGCAGAGGCAAAUCCCAGCAGACCUUCAGGCACAGAUUUGGUAUACCAUCAAGCAGUUGGCUCUCAAGGCACCAGGUUUGGACGGCAUUGGCUUUGACUUUCUCAAAGCUUUGCCUUUCAGUGCAAUGGCAGAUUUGAAAGAGCUCUUUCAUCAGAUCGAGAUGACCCGCCCGUGGCCAGCGCUCGCCGCGCUCCUUGUGACGGGCUCCUUGUCCACGCCAUGCUUUCCUGACGCCGUGCCCGAAGGGGAGCGCAGAGAGUUGGUGAAGCAGGGUGAACACUACCCUGUGGGGCUCUUCAUGAUUGACUACACCGCGCAACAUGCCACGGCAGAACUGGUGUUUAUUUUGCUUCAGGUCCGGUACCGCUUGGCCACCGUUCGAGCAGGUGACGUGCCCGUUCGGUGCGUGAAAGUGGAUUCAGUGGAUGCAGUUGUGCUACUUCACCUUGCUGCUUUCAGUCGACCCCACCCAUGUCAUACCUUCCAUCCCAUCCCAUCAUCUCUCACGGUUGCAUAUGGUUGCAUCCUUCCAUUCCGACCAUCGUCCUGUUCAGUGUCACAGAAGUCAGAAGUCCAUCUCAUUCUCUAUGAAUAUGACAAUCGUGCUCAGCAAAAGAAGUCUGAAACUCAUUGCCGCCUACCAACACCUAUGCUCUUGUUACAUUUUGUUACACAUCAGGAGAAGAUGGGGGCAUAUCAUACCUCAUUGCGCCCACCCACACCUUCAGCACAUCAGGAGAAGAUGGGCUACAAGGUCCAAAAGAUGCUCGAUGGCUUCUUUGGCUCCGACACCUUCUUCGCCCUGGCCGGCUGCCGAUCCCCCACAAAUCUCUCCGAUCGUGGCUGCGGCGUCGACGGCGAGAUGACCACUCGAGCGCAUGUGGCCGUGGAGGGAUGGACGGAAGGAUAUCUUCCAGUUUGGGAGCAACUUCAGCAAGACUACCCGUCCUCCGCCCCAAGGAACUUGGGAAAUAUGGGCUACCAGGGCGAAAGUUCUUCAUUUGUCGCCCGGAGCGUCCAGGAGAGGGCCUUCAAUGCUGAGGGCAUCUCUUUGGAUUUCUACCGAGAUUAUAAUGUGUCCUGGACAGAUUCGGCCAAGUAUUUCUCGAGACUUCAGGAGCUCAACCGAUCCAAAUUGCUUCCUUGCGAACAGACCUCCUUGAUGAAUGUUGAGUUGAUGAAGGUCUAUCGGGACCUCACCGGUGAUCACGAAGGUGUCACACCUCUAGGCAACGGGCAGGUGAUCGGCCGAUGCUUUGAUGGCUACUUCUGGUACGCGCCCGUGUGCCGCACACAGGGCUCUUCCAAGUGUAUCCCUUUCAUCACCGGGGGCGCUGGCUGGGCCUUUCAGGAAACCUUUCAGAAGGCGACCUUCCUUGGAAUGCCAUUGGCCUGGGCGGUUGGAAGCAACUGGGAAAGCUACAGCACACUGCCGAUGGAGUUGACCACAAUUUUCUAUUGGUGGAAGCCAGACCCAACAUUUCUCAGGCUGGAUGCAAAGGCCUUGAUUUUCCCACCAUAUGAUCGUUUGCAGUGGGAGAAAGGCAUUGCAAGAUCUGCUGCCACCGAAAUCUCCAUUGACAAAUACAUCAGCCAGGACUUAAGCACCCUGGCUCCGGACAUUGAAGAAUUUAUGAAGGGCUUUAUGGUGGACAUCAAGGAUGUGGACGAGAUCAUGUUAGAGAAGCUUGAGUCUGGAAAGCCAUAUUCCGAUGUUGCAUGUCGCUGGCUGCAUACCAACACUGAAAGGUGGCGGAAGUGGCUGCCGGACAAGACCAAAUGCUUUGCACGAUAUGGGCUCUACAAUGAGAAAGUUGCGAAGUUUGUGGAGAGCCGCACAAAUCCGCAAGACCUCACUUGUCAGAUUUGCCCUCCGGGUUCCUUCUCGGAACAGAUGAAGGAUGCGAACGGCACGACCUUUAUUUGCCGAGAAUGCACUGCAGGGACCUUCCAGGUCUCUGGGGCAUCCACUGAGUGCGAUCCAUGUCCUAAAGGGGAGUACCAGGACGAGACUGGCAGCAACUCUUGCAAAAGGUGUGGCUUCGGCAAGUAUCAAGACGCUCGUGGAGCAAGAAAUUGCACCCAAUGCCCCGCAGGCACCACAACCGUUGGGUUUGGUUCCUUAUCUCUGGACGAUUGUGCAUGCCUUGCCACCACCAUCAACAUCGUGUCGCAGAACUCCUCGAGGAACCAGAGUCCCUUCGAGUGUGUAGCUUGCAGCGAGGGUUUGCAGUGUCCAUUCUCCUCGAGCCUUCAGAGCCUGCAGACGGGAGAGGCGACUUUAGGACCUCAAUAUGUUCCCCACGUCUUGGGAGGUUACUUCUCGGAUCCUGAAGAGCCCUUGAUGAUCUACAAAUGUAGGCCAGGCAAGCAUUGUCCUGGUGGAAAGCCAGGGGAAUGUUCCGGAGGCCGUGUGAACAAGCCCUGCGCCUCGUGUCCUCAAGGGCAGACGUGGAAUGGCAAGCAGUGCAAGGCUUGCACUGCCUGGGCCACUGUUCUUUGGGUGACCGGUUUGCUGAUCUCACUAGCUGUCCUCCUGAAAGCCUACGACUUUGUCGAUUCCAAAGCCCGCGCUGAACCCUCCCCCUUCCAAGUGGGGAAGAUCGCCUCGAGCAUUGCCAUCAAUGUCGUCCAGAACAUCGCGGUUUUCGGGCUGAUGUCCGUGGACUGGACCAACACAGUGGCCAGCACCAGCAGGAGCCUGCGCUUCAUUCUGCUGGAUUUGGAUCAACUGAGCCUGAGUUGCUUGAUUGGCCACGGGAAUCUCUUCCGCUUCGUGGUUAGUGGCCUUUUGCUCCCUGGAGCCACCCUGGUGCUGAUCCUCCGCUGGGCGGCCAUGCGCUUCAAGUAUCCCAAAUGGUGGCCUCAAUGCUUGAGAGCAAAAGUCUGGAAGUUCUUCAAGACGGUGAAUACCAUCGGGACUUUGUUGCAGGUGGGCUUCGCAAUGCUCAGCGCCCUUUCGCUUCAACCCUUGAUGUGCUAUCGCCAUCCCAAUGGAUCCCUGAGCCUUUUGAAGUAUCCCAGCACCUUUUGCGGGGACAGUGAGCAGAUCAUCAUGGUGGUCUUCGGGAUGGCCUUGAUGGCCAUCUUCGUUUGCGGUUUCUUUGUCACCUGCAGCUGGGCCAUCUGGAAGCUUCCAGCCUGGAGUGGACAAAGCCGACACGAGAUGGUGCAAGCCUUUACGUUCUUGAGCAGCAAGUUCCGCCUGGACGUUUGGUACUUUGGUUUGCUUUUGCUCAUGCGCGACAUGGGCCUCAGCGUCAUCGUGGUGGCAGCGACGGACCGGCCCGAACUGCAGGUGGCUUUGGGAAGUAUCACGAUUUUGCUCUACCAGUCUAUCCUUCUGAGGGUUUGGCCCUGGAAGGCCUCAGUCCUCAACGUGGCUGAUACCGCUUGCAGCAUUUGCUUGCUGCUUUUGAUCAGUCAAUCUCUCCAUGUCUCAGCGUCGGAUGAAGACUUUGCCGAAACCUUUUCGGCGGUGAUCAUGGUGAUUUUGGCUACCUUCUUGGGUCUCUUGGGGAUCUUGUGCACCUCAGCUUUGGUCCUCUCCCGCUCCUCCUGCCCCUCCACAGGACUGAAGUUGCUGCAUUUGGGCGACCGAAUUCAGGCUGCCAGGAUUUCCACCGCCCUGAAAGAUUGUGCAAAGGGGCUCUUGGAGAUUGAAGUUUCUCAUUUGGACAAGACUCUCGAAGACAUGAACACCUAUGAUUUAGAAGCUCUUGCUGCCACUAUCACUUUGGUGUCCAUGGAAGUUUUGGCGGACACGCAGUACAACUUCAACGACCGAGUGGCCCUGCAGGCAGUCAGCCGCCGCACGCGCCUGACGCGCGUGAGCCAAGUCACUGCGGCGAAACGGUCGAUGCGAUUGUCGGUCAAAGACCAGCCCAUGGACCCACAUCAGGAGGCUGAAGAGCACCGAGAGGAGCACCUGGAGGAAGACGCUGGUCAGCGGACGGAGGCUGCGAGCAAGACUCGUGUGAGGCUUUAGGGUCCGCUAAUGGUUUCGCUCCUUAUGGAGCGUUCAGCGUUCCGAAGUUCCAGGUAUUUUGGAAGUGCCAUCAAGUGCUAUCAAGUGCCCAACAUUUUAGUCCGUUUUUUUCAUGUUUGGUUUUGUU